UCGAUUCUUACCGCAGUCCGGCUCGGCGGUGCAACAUGGCAGACAAGAACAAAGUUGCUGAACAAUAUUACGCUCCCCCACCGGAUCUAGGAAAAUGGGAGUCAUUCAGGAUUUUCCUAUGGAAUUCCGAGACGGGGCAGUUUCUUGGCCGCACCGGAUCAAGCUGGGCUAAAAUUCUACUAUUCUACCUAAUCUUCUAUGCCAUCCUGGUCGGGUUCUUCGCGGCCAUGCUGGCCAUCUUCUACCAGACCCUGGACUCCAAGAUGCCCAAGUGGCAACUGGAGGGCUCACUCAUUGGCAACAACCCAGGUCUGGGCUUCCGACCCAUGCCCGACUCGGCCAACGUGGAGAGCACGCUGAUCUACUACCGGGCCAACGACAAGGGCUCCGUGCUGAAGUGGGCCAAGAUCAUCGAUGAGUACCUGGACCAAUACCGCAAGAAGGGCAGCGGCAGCGGCGAGGCGACUGGAGCGGAGAACCGCGUGGCCUGCAACCCCAACACCGGCUCGCGAGACCUGGGCGAGAAGCAGGUCUGCGACGUCCCCGUCGACGACUUCCACCCUUGCACCUCCGCCAACCAGUACAACUACGAGGAGGCCGGCCCUUGCGUGUUCUUGAAGCUCAAUAAGAUCUUCAACUGGGUGCCCGACCCAUACAACAGCACCGAGGAUGUCCCCUCCAACAUGCCUGAUGACCUGAAACAGCACAUCAAGAUGGUCUCUGGCAAACCAGAAGCAAACACCGUGUGGGUGUCCUGCGAAGGUGAGAAUCCUGCUGACGUGGAGAACAUCGGCCCGGUGCAGUACAUCCCGCGACGAGGCUUCCCGGCCUUCUACUACCCCUUCACCAACAAGGAGGGCUACCUGAGCCCCCUGGUUGCUGUGCUCUUCGAGAAGCCCAGGACGGGUGUUUUAAUCAACAUCGAGUGCAAAGCAUGGGCGAAGAACAUCCAAUACGACCGCUACGAGCGGCGCGGCUCAGUUCACUUCGAGCUGAUGGUGGACCGCGGCUAAACGGCCCCCUGCCCGCCAGCCUGUUGACUCGCUAGCCGGACUGACUAGAACCCACCCACCACCCACACCUCACCCACCGAAACCAGCCUUCGACCAGCUGACCGUCUCAGGAAUCCAUUGACUGAACAAGCAACCAUUGCCGAUUAUCGCCUCGGCCUUUCCACCUGGACAUCGAUUCGGCAUCACAGCCAUUGUCAGUCAAACUAAUAUCAACAUCGAUUAAGUAGUUGACUGUCUCAGUCCACAAAAAAUUGAUAGGUACUUGCUCUAGUGAGGUGUCUGUACGAGUGAUCAGACAUCUCAGUCUAGCUGGAGAUGCUAAUCAAAGCUUUUACUGUCAUUGACCAGCUGUCAUCUUAGCCAUUGAGAAACCAAUAGAAUAUUAAUAUAGUCCCGUUAGUCACUCGUGGUAAGCUAAAGAAAUGUUUGUGUGAAAUGUAUGUGAGCGGCAGUGGGAUUUGAAACCGUGUUCCUCUUCACCAUUCGGCUAUCGUGGUUUCAAACUAUUAACAUCGAAUGAGUUGCUGACUGUCUCAGUCCUUAACAGGUUGAUAGCGUCUUGCUCUAAUGAGGUGUCUGUUUAAAUAUCACAGACAUCCCAAACAAUCAACUGAUGCUCAGACAUCGAUAAGUUGAUUUGCUAGUACCGACAGCUGGUGAAGUUAAGAAAUAAUGGUUUGUAGGCUAGAAGUGAGUGAAUGGUUUUUUGUAUAAGAUUAACUUCAAAUAAUAAUAGGAACUAAACUAAACUAAGCUGUGAUUCAGAGAAAAUCACUUCAAUGAUAAUACAACGGAACAAUACACAAGUGAGAAGACCAUAAAGAAGACAUUUGACUGACUGAAUUCUAUCUAAGCACUCGGCCUUUGUCCAGCAGUGGACGUCAUUUGGCUGAAACGAACGAACGAACGAACUCGGGAAGAAAAAAGCUAUCGAAGUAGCGUUUAAGGAAUGGUUUGAAUAACUUGUGAGUGAAUGAUGAGGGAAAUAAAGAGAAACAUCAUCAACCCUUUUUAGUGGGCUUGAUUAUUGGAGAGUGUCUUUGUAUCAGUCAGUUUUCACUCAGGAUAAUUGAGAGAAUGCGAAUGAGCGAUUGUUUAAACGGCCCUUUAUAUUUAAGGGUCACGCGCACCUUGUAAAACAUUCAAAAUAAUAUCUUCGGCACUGUCGUAUUACCUUGCAUCUUGUUCACCAGAUGCACGANAUGCACGUGGGCCACAACAAUUCUUGCUAUUGUUAUUAUUUAUUCCUGAUUGACCCCAGGAAUAUUAUUUUUGAUUUUUUGUGGAACCGUGGAAACAUCCCGACUUGAUGACAAGUAAUCGACAAGGUGCCAGCUCGUCCUAGGGCAAGUGAGCGGGUCAGCGCAACCACCCCCCUUCCCGGCUGACCAUGGGCUGUGGCAGCCAGGAAGAUCUCAGUUGCACCGUGAAACCGUGGUUAUUCAAACAUCGCAAGGAGCUGGAAGACACUGUGAUUUGCAAGGUGCCUGCUCGCCGCCAAGCGAAUGAGCGGGUUAGCGUAAACUACCUCAAACCUUUUUGGCCGAUCGAUGUGACAGCUAGAAGGAUUUAAUCUUCAUUUCACAGUGCAUCCCUGACUAUUCAAAACAUCCUGACCAACUUGGAGUUACGGUGAUUCGCAAGUUACUUACUAGCCUCAAGGCAAGUGAGUGGUUUAGCGCAUUUACCUCAAAGGAUCCGGGCUGACCAUGGGAUGUAGCAGCCAGGAAACCCUUAUCAAAUACUACAUCCACUGAGCUUCCUGACUGAAAAUUCCAAGCCAUCAGCCAGGAAGUUCUUCUUCGUUUCACAGUGGAACCGAACCGUGGUUGACUUGACUUUAGGGUGAGACGAACGGCAAGGUGCGCAGAGCGUGAGUUUAGGUCUACAAGCCAUUUUUAGUGACAAAAAAGAUGUUUAAAAGCUACUGUUCAACUACCAGAUGCGCCUUUACCACUGAGCAGUUGAUUGAUAGGUCUGGUUAUGUGAUGCAACGACUCAAAAAAGUGCAUUAGAAAGUAGAAGAUUAUGUAAACUUUACACCAGCCGCCAGUCAAUUGACCGAGUUGCUGCGUUCUUAAAAAGUCAUUAGAAUAAGCAGUCUUGUAUACCCGCAACUCUUUAUUUGACUGACUGGAUCGGUUCAACGAUUGUCUGUUGUUAGUUCAAAGAUUGGUUGUAUGUUCAUACACAAUAAAUAUUCUGACUGAAGUGCACAAAUUGUUUCGGUAUGUAAUUGGUAAAUGAUAAUAAAAUUAAUCAGUAAACGGUCAGCUGGUCAGCUAAACACCUAUCACAGCCUCAUAAUGGCAGUCGGCCAAAUACAAAAUCGUGCCCCACAGUCAUCGCAUGGCUCAGCCAUCGGUCAGCUAGCAAAUAAAUCGGCUAGCUGACUGGUUGUUGGGUUGUCGCCGGCCAAUCGACUGGCGGGUCGGAAUGCCAAGGCAACCAACUGGUCACCAAGUUGACUUUGACAACGCUAUCACUGCCAAGCUCGCGCUGCGGUCACCAGUUCGUCGCCAGCAAGCUGCGGUAGAAGCCACGCAGCCGGUAGCAAUAGCCACAUAGUCGGCCAUUAAUUUAUAUUCGUUUUAGAAUAAGCCACAUGGCGCCCUAAGUUAAGUUUGUUUUCACGCUUCAAAUAAAAUUUAAAAUAAUGAUAUUUAUUAUGUAAUGUUUUCUGGACGAUAUGUCAAUAAACACGCAAUAGUUGGUUCUACUUUA